AUGGACUCUGAUGAGCGAGUUCACAGGGACUACAAAUUCAUGCUAUCCAAACUCUACAGAGAACAGUACAGCAUUUACAAACAAAUCAGUGUUUAUGGUUUGCAAUUGGUAGCGAUUCUCUUAGAGCUGCCUAAGACAGGAUCUUUGAUUGGCUGCCUUACGAUGCUUACAGGUGUACAGGGUCUGAAAAUGCCCCUGAGCUGUUCUUGUCGUUGUGGACUGGUUACUAACGCCCGUAUCAUAGGGGGUCAAGAGAUAUCUCCUCACUACAAGUAACCUUGGCUUAUUGGUAUGCUUAGACCUAACAAGUACAAAAAUGAAUUUUUCUGCGGCGGAUCUAUCAUUAACCGGAGCUACGUUCUAACUGCUGCACACUGUUUACUUGGUGAUGACAAUCUGCCUUUACCAGCAAAGGAAUUUCAAGUAGGAAUUGCUAACCACAAUUUCAAUUCUGAGGAUGACGACAUACAGGGCGUCACUCAGACAGUGGAUGUGAAAAGUUACAUCAUCCAUGAGGAUUAUGUCCCUCAAGAUCUUAAUGAUAACAACAAAGACAUCGCUCUCCUGCUUUUGAAAAAGUCGUUGGAUCUAACAUCACACCUACAAAUUCAACCAGUGUGUCUGCCUUCUGACCCGAACAGAAAGUAUGAGGGAGAGACUGGGACCGUGAUAGGCUGGGGAGACACAAAGAACGGGAAAGGGGCAUAUCCAGAUGCUGCCAGGGAGGUCGAUGUACCCAUUAGAGACUGUAAACGCAAGAAAAUAGCUGGUUCUCUAAUCACCCCACAAAUGAUGUGUGCAGGGAGAAAGAAGUCAAAGAACAAAAGCGCAAAAGAUGCCUGUUUUGGCGAUUCUGGCGGUCCUCUUUUCGUCAAAGAAGAUGGGAAAUACACACAGGUAGGAAUUGUCUCCUUUGGGGGAAGUUGCCUUAAGCCCGGUGUGUUGGUUCGAGUAACCGAGUUCCUCACAUGGAUCAGCGAUAACACUUCUGACGAGACCUACUGCCAGUAA